AUGCUACACACAGUAUUAUGUUGUAUACAGCUGUUGGCUGUCAACUCCCUCUCAAUAGUUCAGUUCUCUAAUAGAAGGGUUGUAGUCUAUGGGGACAAGUCGGUUCUUUGUCACGUGGAAUCCCAAGGAGCCCAACACAUGUUGAUGCUACUUGAAGUCAACGUUAAAGAUUUAGAACCAAGUUGGUGUCGAGAGUUGAAGAUGUUGUUGCUGUAUGUGUCUAUAGCUGUUGUGACGUUUGUUGUGGUGAGAUACGUGAGGAGAAACAUUCAGUACAGGAAACUGUUUUUUCAGCUACCCAUAGCAGCGGAGUAUAGGUACACCACGGGAACAUUGCACGCAUAUCCAGGACGUAAUGAAGAAGGCAUGGCGACUGACUUUAUCAAAGCUCAAAAACAUUGUUUUUGUCACGUGGAGUGGUUAGGUCCCCUGCAGCCGGUCAUUGUCGCCUAUCAUCCGGACACGAUAAGGGCCAUAAUCAAAUCGUCAGCCCACAAGCCCCGUGGCUCCCUACUCUCAUCUCCCUACGACAUGGGCUUACGCUGGCUAGGCGAGGGCUUGCUGAUCUCCAAUGGCGGGAAAUGGGCAAGAAGUCGUCGUCUGCUGACCCCCGCCUUCCAUUUCGACAUUCUCAAACAAUAUGUGGACAUUUACAACACAUGCGCAGAUAUUAUGCUCGGUAAAAUACAGACUCUGUCGAUGAAAAAAGAACCGUUUGAUAUCUACUCACUAAUCAACUUGGAUGCUCUUGACGUCAUCCUGAGAUGUGCGUUUUCUUACCUGUCUAACUGUCAGCUUGACGAAAAGCCCCGUUAUCACAUUGAGUUCCUGUACAGCUUCACGGAACACGGUAGAAAGUUCUACAAACUUUGUGAUGUGGCACACGCCGUGGAGGAAGAAAUUAUCGCUAAACGAAAGAAAGAAUUGGAGAGAUCUUCUGUGCCAGUCUCUAACAGGAAGGUCAAGGAUUUCUUAGACACACUUCUCACAGCACGAGAUGAAGACGGGAAUGGAAUGACGGCGUUAGAGAUACGAAACGAGGUGGACACUUUCUUGUUUGGGGGCCACGACACGACGGCCAGCGGGAUGACGUGGACACUGUACGAGCUGGCCAAACACCCAGAGCACCAGGAGAGGAUUUACGACGAGGUCAAGGACGUCUUGGACGGCAGGGAGCAUCUGGACUGGAAUGAUCUUCCAAAACUGGAGUUCACAACGAUGUGCAUUAAAGAAGGUCUCAGGCUUCACUCGGCUAUUCCAGCUAUUGAGAGAACAACGGUGGGAGAGUGUGUGAUUAAUGGAAUUUCAUUUCCUGCUGGUAACUACACCACAAUCCAGCUGUGGAUACUACACCACAAUCCACACAUUUGGGAGGAUCCACACGUUUACAACCCAGAGAGGUUUCACCCAGACAACCAGGCCAACAUGGAUCCGUUCCAGUUCCUUCCGUUCUCCGCGGGGUCAAGAAAUUGCAUAGGCCAGAACUUCGCUAUGAAUGAAAUGAAGACUACGAUAGCCAGAAUAAUUAGGAAAUUUAGACUGACCGUGGAUCAGAAGAAUAAUGUACGACGUUUACCGAUGGUCACCAUGAAGCCAGAGAACAAAGUCUUGUUGUUCGCUUCGGCCAGGGAUUAG